AUGAGCGCCGCCGGAGCCUCGACUUCUCAACAGACCCAGAGCGAGAGCAAAGGUCCGUACGAUCUGUACGAACUUUGCCUUCUAUGCGUCCGCGAAGACGUGUAUAAGGUCGGAUUUGGAGGGCUCAACUCAUGCAUAGACCCAGACGCAGGUUUGUGCAACUACGGGCCGGCUUUUAAAGCGACGGGCGAGAUCGAUAGCCCCCUGCGGAUGGUUAAGAACUGCGAGAAUUACACGAGGUGCUAUGUACGCAUCAAGAUUUGCGAUAUCGACCAAGAUCAGCUGCACAACUUUGACAACGCGAUGCUCUCAUUCAACGAGGACAAUGAAUUGUUCCGCUCGAAACAAGACAAAGGCCCUGGAAAUUUCAUGCGAGCCGCAUGGGAACAUGCUUGGCAAAAAAAAGCUCUCUACGAAGGCCAGUACGAAGCUGGGAAAGAGAUUUUUGAUACGUGCCAGGGCAUUUCCCUUCCUCCGGGUUGGCCCCCGGCGGCGGGGGCGGCGACCCGGGUCCGCGUUCUCGCUCGCCUAUGUGGAGGAAUGAUCGGGGUGUCUGCCGAGCCGCCAGAGGCAAUCAAGUUCUUGGACGGAAGACGUGUGGAGUUGGACCCGGAUACCAAGGAGGUAACCCUCUGUCCGACCAAGGGUGACAUGGAAACUUCAGACAGUGGAGAGGGGCCUUCGUCCAACUAA